AUGGAUGAAGUCAGACAAAGAAUAAAACUGAACCUGUUUUGCUCACCUGGCCUUGUCCUCUCAGGUGUGGGCGGAGCCUCGGAGCUGGCCUUCCUGAAAGAGCCCAGUGAUGUCAUCGCAGCGAGGGACCGCCCCCUGAUGCUGGACUGUCAGGUGGAGGGGGAGGGGCCAAUCUCCAUCACCUGGAGACGGAACGGUGUCCCCGUGGCGACCGGCGUCAAGGCGACGGUGCUCGCUAACGGCACGCUGCUCAUCAGAAACUUUUCCAAAAGACGAGAGAGCAACGAGACGGACGCCGGCGAGUACGACUGCGCCGCUCAGAACCGCUACGGCAUGUUGAUCAGCCGCAAGGCCCGGGUCCUGAUCGCCUCCCUCCCUAAGUUCCUGUCUCACCCAGAGUCUGUGGCGGUGGAUGAAGGGGGCGUGGCCAGACUCACCUGUCAGGUAAAUGGAAUCCCAGAAGCCAACAUCACCUGGCAGAGAGACCGACACCCACUGGGCACCGAGGACCCCAGGUACACUCUGCUGCCCAACGGCGUGCUGCAGAUCACCGCCGUACGCCGAACAGACAGCGGCUUCUUUCGCUGCGUCGCCUCCAACAUCGCCAACACUCGCUACAGCAACGAGGCCCAGCUGUCCGUCACUGGUGCAGGAUCCAGGACCUACAGAGAACCGGUCAUCCUGUCCGGUCCUCAGAAUCUCACCAUCAACAUCCACCAGACGGCGGUCCUGGAGUGCAUCGCCACAGGAAACCCGCGUCCCAUCGUGUCCUGGAGUCGCCUUGACGGGCGGUCCAUCGGCGUGGCGGGCGUCCAGGUGCUGGGGACCGGAAACCUGAUGAUCUCUGACGCCUCGCUGCAGCACGCCGGCGUCUACGUUUGUUCUGCCAACAGACCAGGAAGCCGAUCCAGGAGGACGGCGCUCGGACGCCUCGUAGUACAAGCUCCCCCAGAGUUCUCCCAGUGGCCCCAGUCCGUCUCCAGGCCAGCGGGGGGCAGCGCUGUGUUCAGCUGCACGGCGUCCGGAGCUCCGGAGCCUCAUCUCAUCUGGCUGAAGAACGGAAAACUGCUGCAACCACACGGGAACGCCAAGCUGAGCAACGGGAACACGACUCUCGCCAUCACCCGCAUCACGGCGGACGACGAGGCGAUCUAUCAGUGCAUCGCAGAGAACAGCGCCGGCACCAACCAGGCGAGCGCCCGGCUCGCUAUCAGCCAGGGGGCGGAGCUUCCGGAGGCGCCGGCCGGCCUGCAGGCCACGCCCCUCAGCACCAGCAGCCUGCAGCUGAGCUGGGACCCGCCCAGCGAGCUCGCCAGCCAGCAGAUCAUCGGAUACGUGAUCCACGUCCGGCGCCUGGGAGAGCCCGACAGCGCCGAGCUGCAGGAGGCCGUCAGCAAGACGACCUUCAGACACGACUUCAACAACCUGGACGCCGCCACCACCUACUCCAUCUACCUGAAGGCGUACUCCGCCCUGGGGGGCAGCCAGCAGUCACACACCAUCACCGCCACCACGCAGGGCGGAGUCCCCAGUCCUCCCAGUUUCUUCACUAAGGUCCUGAACCAGACAGCCAUGCAGGUGUACUGGGAUCUGGGACGUCCGGGGACGCUGCAGGGCUUCAGACUGCAGUACCGCGGGGUCUCCAACCCCGAAGACCAGGGGCAGGAGACGCUCCCUGCCCACAUCAACACUCACACCUUCUCUCACCUGGAGCCGGCGGCGGUUUAUGAGAUCCAGCUGGUGGCGUUUAACGGGAACGGAGACGGUCCGUCCAACCGCCGCCUCGUGUCUCUGGCUGAGGGAGGAGACACUGCAGCAGAUGGUCCGACCUGUAACUGCGAUCAGUCUCACGGCUCCGUGUCCACGCUGCUGGUCGGCGUCCACAGCGGCCUGGCCUGCGUCCUCUGCUGCCUGCUGGUCGUCCUGCUGGGGUACAGACGCAGGUAA